UGGAAGUAGGAUCCAACCCUCACACAAUGAUCAAAAAGGGUGUUACUGAAAGUUUUGGCGCUGCAGUCUCUUGUCUGAGCACAGCUCAUCUGACGGAUGAAGUCAUUAAGAGGAGUAAGAGAAUGAUACUGGACACGCUGGGUGUGGGAUUACUUGGAUCUAGCACCCCUGUCUUUAACACAGUUCUUCAGUACAGCCAGAGGCAGCAAGCUGUGAAAAACAGCAAAGUUUGGGCAAGACCAGGAUCAUCUGUUCCACCUCAGUAUGCAGCCUUUGUAAAUGGAGUUGCGGUGCAUUCUAUGGACUUCGAUGACACCUGGCAUCCAGCCACUCACCCCUCUGGCACUGUUUUGCCUGCUGUCCUGGCACUGGCUGAAACAUUGCCUGUCAAACCCACUGGCCUCGAGCUGUUGCUUGCAUUCAAUGUCGGCAUAGAGGUUCAGGGGAGGCUUCUGAGGUUUUCCAAAGAAGCACACAACAUUCCUAAGAGAUUUCACCCACCUGCAGUUGUUGGGGUUAUGGGCAGCGCAGCAGCUACAUCUAAGCUCUUGGGACUACCUCCAGCCCAGAGCAUUGCAGCUUUAGCAAUAGCCUGUUCAUCUGCCGGUGCCCCCAUGGCAAACGCUGCUACGCAAACCAAGCCGCUCCACAUGGGCAACGCUGCCCGGGGUGGUCUAGAAGCCACUGAACUCGCUCUCCUCGGCCUUGAGGGCAAUACACAGAUUCUUGAUCUGGAGUCGGGCUUCGGUGCUUUCUACCCAGAUUACAUCCCUCGCCAACUGGCCGAGGUCACCCCUGCUUCUCAAUACAGGUGGGUGUUAGAAGAUCAGAACAUUGCACAGAAGCGCUUCCCCGCCCACCUUGGCAUGCACUGGGUGGCAGAUGCAGCUAUAGAAGCAAGGGCAAAAAUUCUAGACAAACACCCAAAUGCUGAUGUCAGCCAAAUUCAGAAAAUCACACUUAGAGUGCCCUUAUCCAGAUAUGUAGACUGCCCUCUACCAGUUACAGAGCACCAGGCCAGACACUCUUUCCAGUUCAACUGCUGCACCGCCCUGCUGGACGGUGAGGUCACUGUUGAAUCCUUUAGCAAAAGCCAAAUGAACAGAAGUGCCCUUCAAGAGAUGCUUCUUAAGGUAAACUUGGAAAAUCCACAAGACAAUCACUCAAGCUUCGAAAAUAUGUAUUGUGAAAUUUCCGUGGAGACGACACAGGGGGAAACGUUCACGGCACACUGUGACACUUUUUAUGGUCAUUGGAGGAAACCACUCAGUCAUGAGGAUCUGCUGAAGAAAUUCAGGGCGAAUGCAUCGACUGUGCUAACCCCUGAUUUUGUAGAGGGAAUUAUUUAUACUGUUGACAAUCUAGACAGCAACCAGGACUGUUCAAUGCUGUGGUCAUAUAUGCACUUUAAUAAGCAACACAUGAUGCACAGGCAUGAGCACUGCUUUUCACUUUCAGUUUGAAUUGUAAUGUUUGGCAGAUUUGUUUUAAUUAACUGUAUUUUUAUAUGUAUAAUUACUCAGAGAUAUAAUUUUCCACACAAACUGUAAUUGAGAUAUAAUUUUCAAAUCGGUGCAUUUUUUUAUGGCGUUUUAAAGGCAGUAAUGUGUGAAGAUAAAGUUCUUGAGUUUCUUUCAAAAUUUCUAAAUGUAUAAAUUCUAAUGCAGCAAAACAAAACAUAACAUUUCAAAUCUAUUGCUAUUUAACACGUCUAAGAUUUGUCAUUCUUAAUAAAACUGCUGGUCAACUUGAUUUUAGUUAGAUCCUGGCUAUAAGGCUAAGUCAUUGUUUAGAAAAAUACACAGCAUUUCAUAAUAGUACUAUUUCAAAAGAUGUAGUCUUUGCCCCGAUGGAAAGAAAUUUCCUUUGGUUCGUAAAGCUAAAAGUAAAAAUGACGAAAGAAAGGAAACUACUCACCACACAAAACAUCUCUAUGUCAGCAAAUGUUUCACAACACUUAACAUUUAUACAUGUAUUUUUUUUCAGCUGGGUUUCAGCUGGGUUAGUAUUGAUGUAAAAGAGAGCAUGUGUGCAUUUUCUUGUCAAAACGGGCCGAAAUAAAAUAUCAACAUAACAUAUA